UGUCAUGACUCGCAAAUGUUGCGACUUGCACCGCUGUCGUGUACCGCUACAGUACCUCAUAAGGGGGAGAGAGAAGGAUACAGCACUUGUCAUGGGAGUUCGUCACAGUAGAGUUCUGUAAUGUACCAUGUCUGCCUGAAACCUGAUCCCCGGCCGCCAUCAUGCCGCGUCAUAGGUUAGGUCACAUAGCGGCUGUCCUGGGUAAAGCCGGUGUGUUCCUCGGCCUGCUGACGUACUCCGUCCUGCAGCUGUUCGCUCAGUCCCUCCCCCUGACUGCCAUCUACUCCUACCUCCCUACUGCUGACGACAGCUUGGCGGCUCUCCUCCUGCGUCUGGUCCAGAACACGGUAACGCUCUGCGCAUGCGUCAGUGCGUCUGUCUGCGUCAGAGUCGUCUUGGCGGUCUGCUUCGGGCUCACCAGGUUCUUAGUAGACGUCUUGGCGACGGUCUGGUUCUUCUUCGCCACCGCCAAGGAGUCUCUUCUCGGGGGAGUUCUGAGACGUUUUAGAAGGGUCUGGAGCCUUGAGUUCAUCAGUUCAUACCUGGAAAACUGCGUUUUUGCCCGGCGAAGAUCUGCUUCCAGAGGCGACGAUACCGACAGUGAAGACGACACCAGUGGCAGCGAAGACGAGACGCAGUUCAGGUUCGGCAGAGACUCCUCCUCCGUCCUUUCCGACAGACGCCCGUUCCGGGGCCGGACUCUGCUCCUGCUGUUCUUCGGCGUUCCCAUGGUGAUGAUGUGGGCCGUCCUCCUCAUCCUGCCCAACAUCAGGACCGGGCUGCGCAGACGGCUCAGGAACAGGAGAGAAGCUAGCCGCACAGUGGUGACCGCACAUUCAGAACUGAGAUGUGUUGGCACCCAGAAAGCGCGCGAACGUACCGAACUGUGCAAAGGAAAAACAAAAAGGGAGCGGUGCGCGGUGUGUCUGGAUAAGAAGAGUAGCGUUAGGCUGAAGCCGUGUGGACAUGACAGGCUGUGCCAGCGGUGCGUCACCAGGAUCAUGGACCCGGACUAUCAGUACUCGGGGAUCUGUCCGCUGUGCAGGACUAACGUUACGGAGGUUGUCACGCCGUCAAACGUGUUCGGACAAUAGAAGAGUUGCGUGUGGGUAAUAAAGUGCGGUCGGUAUUGUACCCAGAACCGUGCCUGUCUAGUUGUAUGCCUGAAUGGGUUAGGGUUAGGAUCAG